GGUGAUAUUGGUUUCUUCUGUGAGGAGGGGAACCUGGUAAUAGAGGACAGACUCAAAGAGUUGAUCAAAUAUAAAGGAUUUCAAGUACCACCAGCUGAACUCGAAGCUAUUCUGCUGACUCACCCUAGUGUCCAAGAUGCGGCUGUUAUCGGUGUUCAGGAUGCUGGUACUGGGGAACUUCCCAAAGCUUUCAUUGUCAGGAAACCCAAUACAGACGUUCAGGAAGAUGGCAUCUUGAAAUUUGUAGAAGAGAAAGUUGCUCAACACAAAAGAUUACGGGGUGGUGUCGAAUUUAUUGAUGUUAUUCCAAAAUCACCCAGUGGCAAAAUUCUCCGUCGUCAAUUAAGAGAAUAACUUAUUUCUAUCUCAACACAAAGAUCAAAGGCAGCCUGUUUCAGAAAUUCGUCGAAGAUUUUUUUUAUAGAAAACAAUUAAGGAAACAAGGAUUUUGUUACCUUUAUCCUUUUUACUAUCUGUUUGUGAGCUCUUACCUCAUCUUAAUUCUAUAUUUAGAAUAUUAACAAACAAUCAUGAAAUAAUAUUGUGGCAAUGUUUACCACUUUAAAACUAUCUGUGUAUUUUGUUGUUGGGUUUUUUUAUUAUUUUUUUUAAUGAGUUUUAGAUACCUCAUCUUUACGUGAACUUUUAUAUUUUAAAUAAUAAUGAAAUAAUUUUGUGGUCACAUUAAACCACUUUUAAAUUUUUCUGUGUUUUAGUUUUUUAAAUGAGUUAUAGAUACCUCUUAUUUUCGUGAAAUUUUUAUUUUAGAUUUUAAUGAAAUCUUUAACAUGUACUUUGAUAAUUUUAGUGCAGCUUUUAAAUUGCAGAAUUUUUUUUUUUACAAAUUUUAGCCUUUGUGAGCAACGUUAUUCGAAUUUGUUCAGCCAGUGGCUUUUUUUUAAAACGAUUAUGGUUAUGUUGAAAGCUUGAAAUAUGGUGUUUCCUCAGACGUAAUAUCGCCACAGUGGUUCCUCAGACGUGGUACGGAUAUCACAACAACGAUAUUAUAUCCUCAUAUCACUCUGAGAACCACUGUGACGACAUCGCGUCUGACAAAGCACUGUCCCGGGAACCAUAUAUCAGGUUAGGGACAAGUCGGGCUAUGCACUAUAUUCCUUAAAUCGGAAAAUGUCAUUGUUUUGGCUCCUUCGCCAAUCAUCUACAUUGUGUUGUAAAGUUAAAUGUUUUUGUUGUUUUAUUUUUACAUAGUAAUGUUAAUAAAUUUGUACAUAUU